GCCACUGUCCACAGGGAGAGCAGCACUACCGCCUCUGUCAUUUCCGAACAUUGCAUCCUUAGCAGCACUCUUCUUUAUCAUCUAAUUAUUGCAUUGCGGGAGGAGUCUCAGGCUGUUUUGCGAGGCACAAUGACCGAAUUCCCCUCGACUAUACCCAGCCAAGUCUGCCCUCCUGCUCGGCGCAAUUGGGCUGGGAUGCGUCUUUGUGUUUGGGCUCCUGCCGGACGGGUUUGUUUUGGAUGAUGCGCAGAGGGGCUCUCGGCGUGUUCAUGUCUCAUCCCAACAGGAGAUCCAUGCACCGCUUUUUGUAUCGCUGUCAUCAUGUCCCCAGCAUCGGCUACAACAGAGAACAACACCUCCACCGUGCCCGAAGAGGAGUCCGACAGCUCCCGGGAGGAGCAGCUGCCUCAGAAACAGUCUCUGACUAAAUCCUUGUGUCAGAAAACCCACUGGAAAUGCCUGCUAAUGUCCCUGCUGAUGUACAGCUGUGUCGGGGUGAUGGCCUGGUGUCAGGUGACCAAGGUUACACACCUCUCCUUCAACAGUGCUUACAAAGGAAAGUCUAUGAUGUACCACGACAGUCCCUGCUCCAACGGCUACAUCUACAUUCCUCUGGCCUUCCUGGUCAUGCUCUAUGUGCUAUAUCUGGUGGAGUGCUGGCACUGCUACACCAGGAAUGAGAUGCAGUACAAGGUGGAUGUGGAUAACGUGGAAGAGUGCCUACAACGUAUGCAGCAGGCUAUGCCCUGCAUCUGGUGGAAGGCCAUCAGCUAUCAUUAUGUCAGGAGGACACGGCAGGUGACCCGUUACCGCAAUGGAGAUGCCUACACCACUACACAGGUUUACCAUGAGAGAGUGAAUACCCAUGUAGCUGAGGUAGAGUUUGACUAUGGCAACUGUGGGGUUAAGGACAUCUCAAAGCACCUGCUGGGCCUGAAGAGCUUCCCCAUCACUAGGCUGAGGUUCACAAAGUGCUUUAGCUUUGCCAAUGUGGAGUCAGAAAACUCCUACCUGACCCAGCGGGCCAGGUUCUUUACUGAAAAUGACGGCCUAGAUGAUUACAUGGAGGCCCGAGAGGGGAUGCACCUAAAGAAUGUAGACUUUAGGGAGCAUAUGAUUGCCUUUUCUGACCCCCACCAACUCCCUUGGUAUGCUUCCAACUCUACUUUUUGGGUAGCAGCUGCUUUCACCCUCUCCUGGCCUCUGCGGGUGCUGACAGAGUACCACACUGCCUGUGUGCACUACCAUGUAGAGAAGCUGUUUGGCUUUGACUAUGUGCCAGUAACACCAUCUGAAGAGAGGUCAUAUUGCAGAUGCAUCCCAAGAGUCAACACAGUAGACAGCACAGAGCUAGAGUGGCACAUCCGCUCCAACCAGCAGCUGGUACCCAGCUACUCGGAGGCAGUUCUCGUGGACCUGAACCAGCUUACAGGGAGGUGUAACAGCUACUCCAUUUGUGGAAGCUAUGGUAGCUACAGGCAGAACUGUGAAUGCUGCCACCGUGCCAUCAGCAGUUCCUCCAUUUUCUCUCGCAGUGCCCUGAACAUCUGUAACACUCGGAGCCCUCGCAUUCCCUUCAGCGCCAGUCGCUUUUCAUUGGGUCGGUUGUAUGGCUCCAGGCGAAGCGGCCUGUGGAGGAGUAACAGGAGCCUGAAUGAGCAGUCCUACCCAACAGAAAGUACACUCUGUCUAUCAGGCCAGCAGACCAGUGAGGACAACCCUCCAGCAUAUCAGGAUGCUCUGUACUUCCCAGUCCUCAUUGUACAUCGCAAUGAAGGCUGCCUCAACCAUGACCCCGGCUCUUUGCACAGAAAUGGCUCCUGUAUAGAAACGUCACUAUGAUUCACAGCUGCCACACUUGUCUAAGUAAGGAAUACGAUGACACGAGCGAAGGCAGAGAAACCUCAUGGACCCUGGGCUGGGAUAACGUGGAGUCUUGAUUCUCUGCUUCACAAGAGGUAUAACCAAGGAUUCAUUCUGAUUUUGAAAGAAACUGUAGCCUCAAAUAACAACAAGUACAAACAAAAUAUGUCUGGCAAUUUGUCAUGGUAUAUUCAAUAUGUCAGGGAGAAAGAGACUCAAUGAGAUUAUUGUUUAAAAUACGUGGCUUUAAAAGAUCAUACUUCCAAAGUGUCACAUACAGCCCUGAAGCAUCUAAAGAGCUGAAUAUCCAAGGAAUAGUAAAGGAAGUCAUGUCCCACUGUAAAUGCUUUAUUUCAAGAACUUAGUCACAGACAAUUUGCAAAGAUAUGAGUAACACUUUCUAGAAUCUUAAGCUCAAAAUUCUUGAGACAUACACAUCAUGUGAUCAUGUGACUUUAGUAAAUCACGAGGGGCAAUGCAAAGAUAUCAGCUUCCUUGUCAAAAAAAUAUAAUAUUUGUUGAAAUAAAACACAUGCCUUAUGGCACUUACAAAAUGAAACUGCCAUAGACCAGAAUAUAAGAUCUAAACAUCUGCAUGUAAUAAAUUUAGAUAAUGGUCGAUUUAUUUAUGUUUACUUAAAGUCAGAAGUACAAGAAAUUCAUUCAAAAUUUAAUUUCCAUAGAAUAAAAAUAAAUGUCUUGGUGCAGAUCAACUAUCCAGUCAGCGGAAAUCGGCUUGUUUGCAAUGACAUUAUACUCCCUGGCUUGCCAAAUAUAGCACAGGAGGAACAUGAAUAAUUUAGUGCAGUAGGACUAAAGGACACGAGAACUUAAAACCAAAUCAUUAACACUUCUUCAAACUGUUUUAACUGUACAUUUUGAAUAGUGGCCUGUAAACUGCCUAGUAAUAAACCUCACUGUAAUAUUAAUAGAGCAGUGUCAUGUAGUUUAAAAUCUUUAAGAUCCAUUUAAUUUUACAUUUGGCAACAUUUUUAUUCAGCCUACCUCUUUAUUUAAGUGCCUAACAUCAACUGUAACUGACAACAAUAUCCAAUUGCAGCCUCAAUCAUCCCAACUCAACAUCUUACAAUUAAAAACAAGCAGAACAGCAUCACAGAGUAUAUAAUGUAUGAAGAAAAAAAUAUUUGUAGUAUCUGAUCUCAUUAUUGUUUAAAAGCCCAAGUUUUUUAAAAUUCCUGUCCAAAUGCUUUUUAGAUGAUUUUACUCAUAAUGUAACAUCGAUCUUAUAUAGCCAGCUCUGUGUUGCUGCUGCUGCUGCUGAUGCAAAUCAGAGAGACAGCCAGAGAGCCAGCCAUCAAAAACACUAAAAAUAGGCCUGGAUUCAGAUUUGUCAAAUUUAAUAAUAUGACAGGAUUACAUUAAAGAGACUCAAAAAUACUUCCUACUUAAGUGCAUGCGGUAUCUUUUGGUAAAUUUAGUUUUACAUUCAGGGCAUACACAAUAAUUGGUGCAAUGUUUAAUGCAAACACUGCUGAAAAUCAGGCAGAGAGACAUAAAGUACAUUCAGAAGUAUGACAUUAGUUAUUUUGUAGUGUAAGGAAAAAUUGACAAGGAUUGUUGGUAGACCAUUUUCUGUCAUUACGACCAUUAGAAUCAUUGAACAGAAUGAAUCCGGCGUGUGCUCAAGCAUUUUGUGCCACGAGUCUUAAGUUGUGGACUAUCUUAAUAGCAAUACUGAAUAGGGUGAAAAUAGUUAAAGGCAGUAAAAUAUGUCCAAAAACAAACAAUGUCAUUAAAAAAAACAAAACACAGAUUUUAUGAAACCACACAUUUCAUUAGGUUGAGAAUAAGAUCAGUUAUCACCAUUUUUCACAACUCAAAGUCAUCUAUGCAAGCCCCCCAAAUGCAGAAUAGUUUUCUGGCCAACAGUUUCACUUACUUGAGUGCUGUACUACAAAGUGACAUUAGUGGGUUAGCGAGGUAUGUUUAGUCUGAAGUCAGAGUUUUCAGUGUCACGAAGGUGACCAUCUUUUAACCUGGUUAGAUCUCCAUGAUGCUGUGGAGCUCACCUGAUCUGAAGCAGGUUGUCUUCAGGGUUUAAAUCAGCUGUAAGAAGCCUUUCCCAAAACAUUUCCUAAUGAUUCUUCAUUAGCGAUCAGAUUAUCACCUUAUUAAAACCACUAAAUGAAGUCGUGUAGUUACACUAUAUGCAUCGUGUAGCUGGUGAUGCAGAAAUCACAUAAAUAUGUUUUUAUUUUUGGUCCUGAUUUGCUGCCAAGUUCAUUUACUACAGCUAAUAGAACACAAAUUAGAAAAUGAAAUAGUCCAUUGGUAUUUAUUACAGACAAUAUUUAAUCAUUAACAUUAAUUUCACUUUGAUUUGGCCAAAAAUUAAAGUAAUAUCCUGCAUUAUGGGACAGUGUCAGAUCUAAAUGCACAUGAAUACAAUAUGUAUAAAUACAGGAAGUAGUUGCUACUGCUCUCCAUUAAAAUAAUCUGUUGACUCAAGCAACUACACGAUCAUUUCAGUUUGUGUGGGAGAAGAGUCACAUGACCCGUUAAAUAUCCACUUUUAUGUGAACAUGCAGAGUCUUCAGCGGUAAGCCUGAGUUAACAAGGAAAGUUGAUAUCCAAGGUUGCGACUCCCAUUGUCUCUGACUGAGGUUUUGUCAAGCCAACUUACACCAAGAAAGCCCGGCUAUGUCAAACUUGUUUGUAGUACAUCACUCUUUUUGCCAGCUUCAACUGUACAAGGCUCUCACAAGUAUGAGUUGCAUAAUAACUGGAUCAUUUCUGAAUAAGAGGUUUGUCAACAUAAGAUGCUUAACCAAAUGGUCAUAUGUGUAUUUAGUGUUCUCAUUCAAGAAGAGAAGAUAGAGGCAGAUUGUGUUUGAUCUUUAAGUUCUACUUCAGGGUUUGGUUGAACUAUCUGUAAAUCUAAGUUUUUGUGACUUUGUUUCAUGUAUUUAUGGAAAUACGUACAGCUGACACUCACUCACUGACUUCACUCUAAAAUGUCAGUGAUGUAAUCUUUGAAAUAUGUGUUUUUGUCACAAAAAAAUUUCACGCAUCUUUGUUUCUUCAAGUUUUCUGGAAAUAUACAUACCGCAAUGCUAAUA